GUUUAUUCAAUCUAAUAUUUAGUUUAAAUUCAAUUUCUUUUCCUUUCUUUUAUAUAUAUUCCAAGAUGAUGUUGUUAUUCUAUAUAAUCUGAUCACUUUCAUUUAUAAUUCUUUAAUUAUUUUUUUCUUCAUCUUCUUAACUAUCACUAUUCUAAUAAUUACUUGGUUACAACUAAUCAAUUUUACUUCUUUCAAUAUCCUCAAUCAAAAUGUACUAUACUUCAAAUAUUUCUAUUCCAACUCCUCUAUCCUACUAUAGCUCUCCUAUAUCUUUGUCAUCCAGCAAUACCACUCCUUCUCAAAGUUACUUUGCCUCUGAAUCUCCAAUAACCCCCAUCACCUCUAAUUACAAUAAUAAUAUCAGUAACAAUGACACUAGCUGUAAAAACAAAAACAAGGAAAUUGACUGCAAAUCUAUCCUCGAUGGUAAUUUUGCUGCUUUAUCUUCAUUGUUCAUUUGGUUCAAUAACAAACCAAAUCCGUUGUAUUUGAAGAAUAAUUCCAAGUUUAUUCAAAAAUUCAAAUCAAUAAUAUCAAAGACUCAAAUAUCUAAUUUUGUUAUUCAAACUGCUUUAAAUUAUUUGUAUGAAUUUAAAUUUAAUUAUUUGAACAAUAGCGAUAAUUUAAAAGAAUUUAAUUCAUUUAUAAAUAAAAAUUUCAACCACAACAAAUAUAAAAACCCUGAUGAUUUACUUUCUUUAAUCCUAAUCACUUGUUUAAUUUUAUCAAAUAAAAUUGUUGAUGACUGUUCAUAUACUUUAACCACUUGGUCUUUGCUAAUCAAAGUUCCUUCAAAGAAAUUGAAUCUUUUGGAAAGAUAUCUUUUAAACGAAUUCUUUUUCAAAAACAAUAUUUUAAAUAAUUUUAAAUCUGUUCAAUCUUGGUCAAAUUACUAUCUUAUUAAUCAGAUUAGUUUAAUCAAAACUCAUCUUUUAAAGACCAAAUUAAGAGCCAAACAUAGUUCUAAAUUACCAAAAUUAAAAUCUUCAACCUCAUUGCCAUUAUCAUCUUCUAAAAAUUUGAAUCCAAGAAGAAAUGGCGCUUACAAUACUAAUAUCAAUAACAAUAUUAGCAACAUCUAUUUAACUCCUGAGACUCCAAAUUAUCAAAUGAACAUGAACAUGGGUCUUAAUAUUAACAUGGGGCUUAAUGUGAGCUUGGAAACUCUUCCAAACAAUUUCAAUUUCAAUAGCAGUCAAAAACUAACUCCUAUCCACUACUUGAAUUACAAUGAUAUUAAUAUCACAAGUAACCUCAGAUCGAGUUUUAACUAUUUAUCAUAAUUACACCUGUUAUGCUUACUUACUAUAUUUUAAUUUCACUAAAUAUUUUCAUUUCACUAGUUUUUCUGUUUAACCAAUCUAUUUUUCAAAACUUGCAUCAUUUUUUUCACCACAAUAUUUUUCUCUUUUCUAUUCUUAUCUCUUCUCUCUAUUCUCUACUAUUCUCUACAAUUCUCUUUAAAAACCUGGGUAUAUAACUAUAUAAUUAAUGGAUUAAAUCAUGGACACUUUAC